UCUAGUUUGAAGUGUAUCUUAUUGCUGAGACGUGUCUAGAUGGAAGGGGUGUAAGAUGACACCACCAGUUGCAAGUUGAAAGUACUCUGCUGAGAGUUUCAACCCCGCCUGUGAGAGAGAGUGAGGCCGUGACCAUCGUGCUGGAAGUCAUGUGUGCACACUACGAGGAGAAUUGGGAGCAAACUUUGAUGAAGAGGUAAACCAGUGAAAUCCAUCUGCAAUUACUAUCAGCACUUUUUGACUUGUCAAAGCUGAUCAGAGCAGAAGCAUGGAUGGUGAAGUGGAAUCGAUGAACAGAAGGGCUGAGAGUCCUUUGGGCCAGCUGACAGGUUUGGGGAUGGGUUGCCUGCUGGGCCAGAGGUCUCGGCACUGCGGGCCGGGCCUCGCCAGUCCUCAGGAGUACAACCAGUGGCUGCCGUACCGCCAUGAUGCCAGCAUGCUGCCUAUGAAAGAAGACCUGGCUCUUUGGCUCAACACCAUCAUGGGUGUGGACGUCACCGCUGACAGUCUGAUGGAUAGAUUGGACAAUGGCAUUGUUCUUUGUCAACUGGCCCAGUUUCUCCAGGAUAAGAUGAGCCACAGUAGUCUUGGCAAGCCCUUUACCAGGAGAGUGAUCCAUUGGCGAUCUGAUGCAACUUCAGGAUCAUUUUUUGCCAGAGACAACACAGCUAACUUCCUCUACUGGUGCCGCAAGAUUGGCAUUGACAGGGCCCACCUUUUUGAAUCUGAGGAUUUGGUCCUCCAUAAGCAUCCACGGGAGGUGUGCUUGUGCCUGAUGGCGCUGGGACGCAUGGCCGCCAGGUAUGGAGUGGAGCCUCCAGGCCUGGUGAAGUUGGAGAGCGAGAUAGAGAAGGAAGAGGCAGGGAGCGCCUCUCCAUUGUCCUCGCUACCCUUCUCCUUUUUUCCAUCCCCCGAGCGUUAUGCACUAUCACAUUCAAGCAAGCCUUCAACCCCGCCGCCUCCUUCUCCUCCAUUGCCCGGCACUCCGAGCUCAACCUGCCUCUCUGAAGCCCACAACACGCCCCUCACGUCUGAUCGUCCUUCAGCGGCUGCAGACCCAAUGCCCACAUGUUUAUCCCCCCUGCAGUCCUUCCACUCGGCUCCAAAACUCGACACAAGCACAGCUUCAACACAAACCCCUUUGUGCCCCACUAGCACAUCUGCAGCCUCAAAAGGCCAAACGCAGGUGGCCAUUGCCGCAAGCACACCCUCCCGACCACCAAACCUGAUCCGUUGCUCCAGUAAAUCUACUAUCCGAAAGAGCACUGGCACCAGCAACAUUUUGGAUGACACUGUGAGAAACAUUAUUGAAAAUCCUCCCUGCAGCUGUCCAAACAGGUUCCCUGUUGAAAAGCAGCCAAAAAGCUGUUAUCGUGUGGGGGAUAAAGUUCUUUACAUACGGAUGCUGAAUGAACGUCACGUGAUGGUGCGUGUGGGUGGAGGCUGGGAGACUUUUCUAAGCUACCUACAGAAACACGACCCCUGCAGAGGAGGACCAGGGGGAAGAUCUGAAGUCAGGGGCAGUCGGGACAAAGUAAAGCCACUCACUUUGAACAUGUCACCUGACAGCUACAUGGUGGUCAACGCCCAUUACCGUGGAAAGAAGUAGACUCUUCUCCUACUAAUUUUUGUAUUUUUGCUCUACGCUUUAGCUAACCAAAUUGUACAAGUAUGUAUUGUUAAAUAUUACAUAUUUCAAACAGGAAAUAUAUCCCUUUUGUGGUACAUACCUGUCAUUCUCUUACACAUCAUAGGGAUAUAGUUUGUAUAGAUCAUCAUAUCAUUGUAGCUAAUGUAUAUUUGUUCACAUCAUUACGGGCUUACAAAACUCGGAUGGGUUUAGUAAGGUUUCAUUCACAGUAUUUUUGAUUGUGUUUUUAAUGUAUGUGUUAACCGGAAUAUCCAAAUUUGACACUUUUCUUCACCAAGUCUGUUUAAAUUUUAAGUGAUGUAGUGUCCAAAGGAAGUAAUGCACAUUUCAUGGAGGUGACACUUGGAUAUUUUGACCUAAUAAUAUGUAAACAAAUGUUAUAUUAUGUUCUAUAAAACAUUGGUGUGUAUUUCUUGCACUCAUACUUCAUUUUGUGACGUUUCGUGUGCUUUGCCGCUACAAUUCAAAGCCAAAUCAUCAGUUUCCCCCUCUAGAUGGCACCAUAUGAUCAGUGACAA